AUGAGCGGUCCAACUGAUGAUGUGAUCCAGUCUACAAAUGAUGACGCAACCUCUAGUAAAGCCUUUGCAGUGUCUCGUGGGUACUGGAAAGACAAGUACAUGAGAUAUUUUUGUAAUUCUCCUGCACACAAGACACCAGAAAUAAACCGUGGCUAUUUCGUAAGAACAACGGCAUUCAGAGCAGUUGCUAAAUCUUUUAUCAAGUCUACAGGUGGAGCCUGUCAAGUGGUCAAUCUUGGUGCAGGUUCAGAUACUCUUUAUCUUUCUUUGAAAGAUUCUGAAGAAAUUCCACACAUAUAUGUCGAGGUUGAUAUGAAAGCUAAUGUUCUAUACAAAGCCAUGGUUUUGGAGAGAAAAAAGUUGCUUAAACUUUCAGGGUCUAAAACGCGCAAUGAAAUAUCUUCGUCAGUCGAUGUUUCACAAGAAGGUUCUCAUUACAUUUUCGAUGAAGGGAAAUUUCACUUACUCAGUUUUGAUUUACGAAGACCAGCUCAAGAGUUUCUAGAUAUAUUGUUUUCCCCAGUUGAUGGACCUGGUUGUUCUAAAUCUUGUCCAACUCUCUUUCUCGCUGAAUGUGUACUUGUUUACAUGCCUCCUGAUAUCAGUUAUCAAUUAUUAAAGAGUAUCUCAGAGAACUUUCCUUGUGCUUCAUUUCUGCACUAUGAACAGGUUAAUAUGAGCGAUCAGUUUGGCUCUAUAAUGAUCAAAAAUUUUCGUGCUCGUUCUUGUGAACUUCCUGGUCUUGAGGCUUGUGAUUCACUGACUACUCAGGAAGAAAGAUUUGUUAAAGCUGGUUGGAAGAAAGCGAAAGGUUGGACAAUAAAUCAAGUUUACAAAGCAUUACCUGCCACCACACGUUACAGAAUAGAACAUUUAGAAAUGUUGGACGAUCUUGAAGUGACUAUGCAAUUAUUCGAUCAUUAUUGUAUUCUACUGGCGACAAAUGAUGAAAAUAUUUGUCCAUGGAAACAAUUAGAAGAAGCUUUAGCUACAAUUGAAUAG